AUGGCCUGCGGCUGCGGACGCUGCGCGGUUUUCCUGCUUGGGGCGCUGGCCCUGGACGCGGCCGGGCUGGUGUUGGUGCUGGUGGGGUCGGUGGCGCAGCCGGCCCGGGCUGGGCGGCCAUACGGGGAUUGCCUGGUGCUGUCCGGCGCGCUGCUGCUCUUCCUCUCGCUGCUCUGCUGGCUGCUGUGGUACUCGGGGAACCUACGCGGGGUGCCGGCCUCCGAGCUGCCCCCCGGGGCCCGCAGCCCCGCGCCCGCGCCGCGCUCCAGCCUGCUCCGCCUGGCCAGUAAACUCUCGGAGCGCCUGUCCCAGCACCGCCCGCCGCUGCCCAGCCCUUCCCCGCCGGCCCCCGGGCCGCUGGAGCUCCGCCGCCUGUGCGCCAUGGAGAGCCCGGGGGCGCACGGGGACCGGCUGGUGUAAGAGUCCGCCCGCGGCGCCCGGAG